CCUCCCCCGGCGCCACCGCCGCCGCCGCCGCCCGCCGCGCCGGGUCCUAAAGCCGCGCGCCUCAAAAGGAUGGUGCGCCUGGCGGCUGAGCUGCUGCUGCUGCUGGGGCUACUGCUGCUCACGCUGCACAUCACCGUGCUGCGGGGUUCGGGGACCGCAGACGGGCCGGACGCCGCCGCGGGCAACGCCAGCCGGACCCAGCUGCAGAAUAACCUCAACGUGGAAAGUGACUCUACACCAGAAACCAGCUUUCCUUUCUCCAAAGAAGCACCAGGGGGGCACCUGGAUCACCAGGCUGCUCACCAGCCCUUUCCCAGACAACGAUUCCAGCAAGAGGCUGGGCACCCUGCAUUGCAAAGAGAUGGCCCCAGAUCCUUUCUCCUUGAUCUUCCAAACUUUCCAGAUCUUUCCAAAGCUGAUAUCAAUGGGCAGAAUCCAAAUAUCCAGGUCACCAUAGAGGUGGUGGACGGUCCUGACUCUGAAGCAGAUAAAGAUCAGCAUCCGGAGAAUAAGCCCAGCUGGUCAGUCCCAUCCCCCGACUGGCAGGCCUGGUGGCAGAGGUCCUUGUCCUUGGCGAGGGCCAACAGCGGGGACCAGGACUACAAGUACGACAGUACCUCAGACGACAGCAACUUCCUCAACCCCCCCAGGGGGUGGGACCGUCCGGCCCCAGGCCACCGGACUUUUGAAACCAAAGAGCAGCCAGAAUAUGAUUCCACAGAUGGUGAGGGCGACUGGAGUCUCUGGUCUGUCUGCAGUGUUACCUGUGGGAAUGGAAACCAGAAGCGUACCAGGUCCUGUGGCUAUGCAUGCACUGCAACGGAAUCGAGGACGUGUGACCGCCCAAACUGCCCAGGAAUUGAAGACACCUUCAGGACAGCUGCCACCGAAGUGAGUCUGCUUGCGGGAAGCGAGGAGUUUAAUGCCACCAAACUGUUUGAAGUUGACGCAGACAGCUGUGAGCGAUGGAUGAGCUGCAAAAGCGAGUUCUUAAAGAAGUACAUGCACAAGGUGAUCAAUGACUUGCCCAGCUGUCCCUGCUCCUACCCCACCGAGGUGGCCUAUAGCACAGCGGACAUAUUCGACCGCAUCAAGCGCAAGGACUUCCGCUGGAAGGACGCCAGUGGGCCCAAGGAGAAGCUGGAGAUCUACAAGCCCACGGCCCGGUACUGCAUUCGCUCCAUGCUGUCCCUGGAGAGUACCACACUGGCUGCCCAGCACUGUUGCUAUGGCGACAACAUGCAGCUCAUCACCAGGGGCAAAGGGGCAGGGACGCCCAACCUCAUUAGCACAGAGUUCUCAGCAGAGCUCCACUAUAAGGUGGACGUCCUGCCCUGGAUUAUUUGCAAGGGCGACUGGAGCAGGUAUAACGAGGCGCGACCUCCCAACAAUGGACAGAAGUGCACAGAGAGCCCCUCGGACGAGGAUUAUAUCAAGCAGUUCCAAGAGGCCAGGGAGUAUUAAAAAGACGCCACCUCUAGUAUUUGUGACACAAAUGCACUGCACUGAUCUGCUGCCUGGAACAGAAUUCCUCUUAUCCACAUAUGUGUGUAUUUGUAUAUACCACAUACGUAUUUUUCAUAAAUUACACUAGGGAUGUGCGCCAGGCCCGGUGACUGCCAUCUGUAGCCACCCUUGCCAUCCGCAAUGCCCACCGACCUCCUUGGAACUCCUCCUAGGGGUGAUAUGGACAGGAGGAUGAGGACAAAGAAGUCAGAAGAAGAACCUGGAAGCCAUAGUGGGUGGGAUUCAACUCACACCCAGAUCCAGUGUUUCCUAGAGAAGCAAAGAAGGAAAGAGACUGAAGCUGUAAACAUUAUAAGUUUUUAUAUAUAACUUAUUUAAUAUGAAUGUGACUUAAGCGUAACCUUUUCUCUGGAGUUGUCAUCGUGAAACUGUUUAAUCACGUCUGUGAGAGUUCAGACAGGGCUUAAGGAGGUGGAAGAGAAAGGGACUUUGUAAUGAUUUCUUUAAAAAUAAAUAACUCAAUGGAAGCAUAUCACAACAAGAAAACACCCACCUUAAACCAAAUAUUAUUUAGUCAUGAGGCACCUUGUUAAAGUGUUGGUGUCCAAAAUGCCCUUGCAUAAGACUGGGUAGGGAGUGGGGGGGCAAAUGGAUAUUUUAGGGAUAAAUCUGAGGCCUGGUUUUAAAUAGGCUUUAAAGUAAAAGGUCAAUAUUAGCAUAAUGUUUUGAUUCUACUAAAAGGCUUCAGAAUGGCAGAAUUUCUGCUCAUUAUCUUACUAAGUCCAGAAGGCUGCAGGAAGGUUGGACAUAAAAGCAGGGAGUAGCACUUUUCCAAAGAAAAAAAGCAAAAUAAAUGGGAAAAUAACUUGGACCUCAUUUCAUCUAUCUUAUUUUAAUACCAUCUUAACAAUCUUUUCCUCCACCAAUAUAUUCGCAAUAAAUAAAUAUAAAAAGAGGAGGGGGACUCAAGUCUAGGAAAUCCUAAUUUUUUUAUGUUUUAAGAAAGGAUAAAAACUACAUUAUUUUUGUAAAGUAUUUAUUAAGUCAUUGAGUCUUCUGCAUCAAGCAGUUGUAAUAUGACCUGGUUCUGUAGUGUGGAACUUAGGACAAAUAAAGAGUUGGUUUUUUACUUGCAAAACUCCAGGAAAAGAGAAUAUAUAACAAAAUCAUAAUAAAAUGU